CGAUUUUUUUAUUAUUUUCUUUUUUCGUUCGUUAUUUGGUUUUAUCGUUCUCUUGCAUCUAUAGUCCUCUCAUUCUCCUAGAAAGAAGGAUCGAUGCCGAGGAUUUCCAUGCCAUUUGUGGGACUGUUGUUCCUGUGCAUCAGCUGGGCGGCCAUUGCAGUAGCAGAAGAAGCAGAAUACAUGAAAUACAAGGACCCAAAACGCUCCAUAAAUAGUAGAAUAAAAGAUUUACUGCAGCGGAUGACGUUGGCAGAGAAGAUUGGUCAGAUGGUGCAGGUGGAUCGUACGGUAGCCACGGCUGAGAUAAUGAAGGAAUACUCAAUAGGAAGUAUAUUGAGCGGUGGAGGAAGCGUGCCACGCCCGGAGGCUUCGCCGGAGGAUUGGUUGAAGAUGGUGAAUGAUUUCCAAAAAGGUUCACUCUCUACCCGUCUCGGCAUUCCUAUGAUUUAUGGCAUUGAUGCUCUUCAUGGAAACAAUAAUGUCUACAAGGCCACUAUUUUCCCCCACAACGUUGGUCUUGGAGCUACAAGGGAUGCUGAGCUUGUGAAGAGGAUUGGUGCAGCAACUGCUCUUGAGGUUAAGGCUACUGGGAUCAACUAUGCUUUUGCUCCAUGCAUUGCGGUUUGUAGAGAUCCCAGAUGGGGUAGGUGCUACGAGAGCUACAGUGAGGAUCCCGAAAUUGUCAAAGAAAUGACGGAUAUCAUACUUGGGUUGCAAGGCGAGAUUCCAGCUGGUUCGCGAAAGGGUGUACCGUAUGUUGGUGGAAAGGAUAAGAUUCUGGCUUGUGCAAAACACUUUGUGGGUGAUGGUGGCACCAUCAGGGGCAUCAAUGCAAAUAACACUGAAAUUGAUUGGCAUGGAUUGUUGAGUAUUCACAUGCCUGGCUACUACCAGGCUAUUACCAAGGGUGUUGGCACAAUUAUGGUUUCCUACUCCAGCUGGAAUGGGAACAAGAUGCAUGCCAACCGCAAUCUUGUCACCAAUUUUCUCAAGAAAACCCUUAGGUUUAGGGGUUUUGUUAUCUCUGAUUCAGGGGGGAUUGAUUGGAUUACCUACCCACCCCAUGCAAACUACUCAUACUCAGUUUUGGCAGGGGUUCAGGCUGGUAUUGACAUGAUAAUGGUUCCCUACAACUACACCGAGUUCAUUGAUACUUUGACAAACCAUGUGAAUAACAAGGCUAUUCCCAUGAGUCGGAUCGAUGAUGCUGUCAGGAGGAUACUAAGAGUUAAGUUCACCAUGGGUCUCUUUGAGAACCCCUUAGCUGAUCACGCCUUCGUCGGUCAGCUUGGGAGCCAGGCUCAUAGAGAUUUAGCUCGGGAAGCUGUGAGAAAGUCACUUGUUCUCCUAAAGAAUGGAGAAAAUGCAGACGAUCCUCUGCUACCUCUGCCCAAAAAGGCAACAAAGAUCCUAGUUGCUGGAAGCCACGCCGACAAUUUGGGCUAUCAAUGUGGCGGUUGGACUAUCACUUGGCAGGGACUCGGUGGAAACAACAACACUGCCGGAACUACCAUCCUGGGUGCCAUUAAAGCAGCUGUUGAUCCGAGCACAGAAAUUAUCUUCAGCGAGAACCCGAACGUUAGUUUUGUGAAAGCUAACAACUUCUCUUACGCCAUAGUCGUCGUUGGAGAGCCUCCUUACGCCGAGACGCAAGGCGACAGCUUGAACUUGACAAUGAGCGAACCGGGUCUGGACACAAUCACCAACGUGUGUGGAGGAGUGAAGUGUGUUGUUGUUGUGGUCUCUGGUCGGCCAAUCAUGAUUCAACCAUAUGUGACACUGAUGGAUGCGCUUGUGGCGGCAUGGCUUCCCGGCUCCGAAGGCCAUGGAGUUGCCGAUGUGCUUUUUGGAGAUUAUGGAUUCAGCGGGAAGCUUUCUCGUACUUGGUUUAGGACCGUUGAUCAGCUCCCAAUGAAUGUUGGUGAUCCUCACUAUGAUCCACUAUUUCCGUUUGGUUUUGGGCUUACAACUAAGCCAGUAUAGAUGUAGAUUUGUCUCUUGUGCUUUUU